CUCAACUUGCCGACGUACACAAAGAAUGUAGAGAUAUUCCUAACGCCAUGACAGACCCUUCAGUUUCAAUGUCAAAUCAAUGUGUUUGCAAGGAUGGCUUUAAAGGUCCAGCAAGAUUCGGCCUCGAUUCAGUAGACGCUAAGUGUGUCGAUAUCGACGAAUGCUUCAACCAGAAUGUCUGUGGUGCUGAUUUGGAGUGCAUGAACACCCAAGGAUCAUACCAGUGCACCUGCAAAAGUGGAUUCACUAACUAUAAUGCUACUCAUUGCGAGGACAAGGACGAGUGCAAGGAUGGAAGUGCUAAUUGCCAUGCUAUCGCAGCUUGUAAGAACCAACAUGGGUUCUAUCAGUGCUUCUGUCCACAAGGAUAUACUGGCAGUGGAGUUGGAAGCAAUGGAUGUACAGACCUGAACGAAUGCCAGAAUGCAAUGGUAUGUGGUGUUGACGCAAGCUGCAAAAAUCUCAUUGGAUCGUAUGAAUGCACGAAAUGUGAUGCGGGACAUAUCAAUGUGAAAGGGUUUUGUGAAG